AUGUUCUUCAAGUUAUAAACUUGUAAUUAGUCUAUUGACAAAUGUCCAUCUUGUGGUUAAUUUCGAAUUGUGAAGAAUAAUGACUGUAUUUGUAUUGAUGGAAUGUAUGAAUCAAGUGUUGAUAAACAGAGUAAAUUAUGUAAUACAUCUUUUUCGACUUGUGCUAAUUCCAAUUACCGUUCAAGAUAUUCAACUGAUAAUUUUAGAUAAUUCAAUUCUGGGAAUACUUGUGAUUGUAUAGCUAGAUAUUAUGAAAAUCUAAUGAAUUAAAAUUGCGAUAACUUUGAAAGAUCCUGUUGGACUUGUUUCUUGUGA